GCUUGUAAACAAUGUCUGUUUGUUUUAACCGGACCAGUUAAGGUGAGAGCGUGUGUGUGUGUGGUGGUCACCAUGGUUUUCGUCAGACGGACGGCGCUGCUUCGCUACCUGCUGCUGUCGGCCAUGUUGGCUCUGCUCCUCUUCGUCAGCUCCUUCUGGCUCCCUCAGGGUGGAGGCAGAGACUGUGGCAGCGCCUGGCAGCCAUGUCUGAGUUUUUUCCGCCGAACACCUGAGCCUCGAUUGGCGCCUGAAGAAGCCCCGCCCCUCAUUAAGGAGUGUCCCGGCCAGUCGUUUCAGGCGUGGCGUCUGCUGCAGCACCUAAAGUCGAGCCUGGCGGAAGCUGACGACGUCCUGCUGGAGCCGUACCUGCAGAGCUGGGACCAGCUGCUCAAUUUCAUGGAGUCUCUCGGGACGAUGGUCGGCUUCUUCUCUCUGAAGGUGAGGGAGAAGGUUGUCCUGAUACGGGAGCUGUCACUCAAACACAGCACUGGGGCUGAUGGGAAACGCGGUCCGUCUGACCAGUCAGGACCACAAACCCCAGAGUCGUUUGGACUGAAACACGGGGCGUACCGCUCUGUCCGCUCCAUGGUGGAGGCGGAGCUACAAGCGGGCGCGGUCAGCUUCUCCCGCCGUACAGAUUCAGGCUGCAGGACGCUGCUGCGGCUGCAUCGAUCUCUGCUGUGGCUGAAGCUCAUGUUGGAGGGUUUGGCUGAAGGACCGGACGCCCACGGACAAUACAGAACCCCCGGAGAGCUGAGCAGGGACGCCUACCAGGUGGCGCUGGCCCCCCACCACCCGUGGGUUCUCCGUCAGGCUGCAGAGUUCGUCUUCCUCGCCCUCCCAGACCGACGCUACUUCCUGCAGCUGGUGUGCGUGCAGAGCCAGCAGGAGGCGGUGCCCGUCCUGCGCACCAUCAUCCACGCCCUGACGCUCGUGCACACGCAGACACAACGCAUCCUCGCCAAACACGACAUGCUGGAGCUGCCCUGAAUGCAGCACGCCCACGGUACAGAAACAAGAGCUGAGAAAGUCCUUCAGCGGUGCUCAAACACCACAAUGUUUCUGCAUGAGGAUUCUCAAAAUGAGAGGACAGAGUCGAGUGUUUAUCUCUGCCGAGGAGCUGAUGGUUUCAGUUUGGUUUGUUUGUUUGUUUGUCAGCAGAUGACACUUGGUUUAAAGAUGCAUCAAAGGCCGAGAAAGAACCCAAUACAUGUGGGAGCAGAUCCAAUAUUUUCCACUGGGUUACUACUGUGAAUAAUUGGAAAAAUGAGCUUCCAACGCAGAAAAUCAACAUCAGAACAACUCGGAAAUCAAGACAAAAAGUUGAAUAAAUUGUUGGGUUGAUUGUAAGAACUGUAUCACUUUAUGCAUCAUUUAAACAUUUUAUACAAGUUUCUGUUAACAUAAAGGGAUCAAGGUCGACUGGAAUCAAGAGAAUCAAGAGGUCAAUUUCCUGUUUGUUGUUUUCCUGGUCUGGUUUUUGAGCUAAAUCACACUCGUAUACAGAAUACUGUACAGUCAUUUUAUAAUUUUUACAUUUAGGCUGAAUCCCAUUACCACCCCUACC